AUGAAGCUGAAAAUAAAUAUUAGUCAUCACGUUAAAGAUGAGCUUAAACAAAAAAAGGCCAUUACAAAAUGCCUUAUCAACAAAAUCUUAUAUUCAAAACGUUUACUAGUUGAACAUGUCGAGGCGCUGGAACAUUGCUUAAUGUACAUGGAAGAUAAUCCGGCGUAUAAGGAUGUGGUAGACACUCAAAAUAAUAACGUAGGUACGGUUAAGGAUAAACAACUUGCCAAUGAUAUAUUCACAGCACGUAAUACAUGCGCUUUAAUUGGUGGGACAAUUUUGGAGCAUUUCGUCACACCAAAAUAUUUGCGGUUCACCUUAUUGCCGACUUUGUUGCUAACUAGUGGCUUCACAGCCAUGUACAUGGUAAAGAAUGUAUUUGUAUUUCGAAAUAAAAUUGUGGAACGGGAAUUGGAUAAUUUAAUACGCACCAUUGAUGAGUUUGGCAACUGCAUAAGACGCAAUAUGACGUAUUUUAAUGAAAUUAUUAUAAUGAAACCGGAGGAAUUAAUUGAAUCACGUCAAAUAGAACGCGCUUGGGACUGCAUAACAUCUACGAAGGAAGUUACAGAAAUACUUUAUGAUGCAAUACGUAAGCUGGAAAUCACAUAUCCAAUCCCAGCUAAGUUUUCACAACAUUAUUCACCCAUCGAAGAAUUACGAGAGUGUGAAUAUUUUAAAAAUAAUGUCACAGAUUAUAGCCCAAAGCAUAUAAAGGAUUUUCACAAUAUAUUUGCUUACAUACAAUCACAGUUCCUUUUACGUUUGGCUUUAACCAUAACCACUUACCCAUCUAUCAGUCGUUUAAAUGCGGAGCUAGUAAAAAUAGAUUGUCUUAUACGACAAUUAGUUUUAGAGGAGGAGAAUCAUUUUAAAAACUUAUCCAUUGAAUUGAAUAAAAAGAAGCAACAAGAGCUUGAAACACUUAACAGCACAAAGUGCGUUAAGAAUCGUAAUGACCCCAUAGCAGUGCUGCAGGACUCCUCCCUAAAACUCAGUGCCUGUAUGGUGGCUGUAGCAGGUGAAUGUCAGGCUUUAGAUGUAACCUUACAACAACUUAAUGCAACCGAAGCGGAAAAAAAAGAUAAUGCCAAGCAAUUACUACAAGUCGCAAAUAAUAUGCAUGGUAUUGAGAACGCUUUAUCUGUGUGCUUUGAUGAUUUCCAACGCUUAAUGUUGAUGUACAACAAAUUUCUUAAUAGCAAAAUUAUUGAUGAGAACAACAAGAGCGCAAUAAAUAGCAAUGCUGUAGCAGAUGAUGAAUUUCCAGAAAGUAUACUCCGUGUAGAAAUAUCUGAAAAUGAUAAUGAAGCAGCUAAAACUGAUGAUUUCUAUGCUUAUAUGUAUGAUGAGCAACAAGCAAAAGCUGAAGAGAAAGAGGAAGCUGCAGAGAAGCAAGAAACAAAUAAAAAUGCGCAAGAAAUGGAAAUAUUAAAUUUUGAAAAGCGUAUAACUAAAGGAAAAUUUCGUCCAGUGUUAAAACAAUUAAAGGAUCGUAUUGAUCCUAUUCGAGAGUCAAUGCUGCAAAAAGAACGUGAAGUAUUAGCUGCUAAAGGUAUCAAUGUUGAUCAAUUAUUGGAUAAUGCAGGCACAACAACAUCAACAACUAAGACGAAAAAAGUUACUAUAUGUGAUAAGCCAAUUGAAAAUCCAGCUCAACAAAAGUAUCUUAACCAAGUUAGUCGUAAUGAUGAUAACGAUGCUGAUAGUGAAGAGAGUGAUAGUGGUAGUGUAGGCUCAGCUGAUUUGGAAUACGAGCGACGUAAGAAAAUUCUUAAGGAACAGGAUAAUUAUGCUGAGGUACGAAAUUUUCUGGCACAAAAACAAGCCAUCAGUUUAUUUAAGUUGGAUAUUGCGACACAAUUGCCUACACAAGCAACCGGUAAAGAGGAUAUUCUAGAGAGUGAAUGUUAAAAUAUAUACACUUUCUUCUUUUAAAAGAAAUAUUCUCACAUAAUUGCUAAAAAGCAA